AUGACUCACUCAUGGAUCGAUAGGGGUGAGUCCAACAUGGCGAUCGAGUGCACAGGCACCUACAAAAUUCUCGUGCUGGGUGACUCGAAUGUGGGCAAAACGUGCAUCGUCCACAGGUACUGCGAUGAGAGGUACUACGACACCUACAUCUCCACCAUAGGCAUAGACUUCAAGCAGAAGAUCAUAAAUUUGGACGGGAAACCUGUCAAGCUGCAGAUAUGGGAUACGGCGGGACAGGAACGGUUCCGAACCUUGACAACGGCCUACUACAGAGGUGCAAUGGGAAUCCUUCUCAUGUACGACGUCACAAGCCUAGAAUCAUUCAACCACCUUUCAUACUGGCUCAGAAAUAUUGAGGAGAACGCCUCUCCCGAUGUGAUAAAAGUAUUGGUGGGAAACAAGUGUGACCAUAUAAGUCACAGAUGCGUCGAGACUGAACGUGGAAUUAAAAUUGCAGAAACUUUUGAAAUGCCCUUCUUUGAGGUGUCUUGCAAACAAAAUAUCAACAUCGAACGCGCAUUCCUCACCCUGGCAAGGAACAUAAGAGAGCAAUGCGAUUCCAAACAGGUUUUGGGCAAUGAACGUGAAAAGAGCUCGUCGGAAAUCAAGCUUAGCGGCGACAGCACGCGGAUCACGGAACAGUGGCGCUGCAAUUGCUGAUCUCCCAAGACUGAUAGGAUUGACCACUAUUUUAUACCUUGCUGGCGAGGACGAACGAUCGCACACACAUACACAAACGAAUUGCCGCACGGACAUAACAGACCGAACGCGUGCAUAUAUAUAUGAAAAAGUGAGAGAAUCAGCUGCAUUUCUAGUGCGUAGUGUUUGCGCGGCGGUUGUCAUGGUGUUGAGAGCCGAAACCAGAAUUAUUGUAUAGGAACCUGCAUCAUUAUACGUGCUGCUGGCGGCGACAUGGCUGACCUGAUCCCAGGAUACGACAAGGUCCGCACCGUCGGCAAGGGUAACUCCGCCUCGCACCCUGACCGCUUCUUUGGCACAAAGUCGCCCCUACCCCGGUUUAUUUUCCCUCGUGGAAAUCACAUUUUCAAUGUGGACGUUAUUCGAUUGUAUGAUUAUCACUUGAUACUGUGAGACUACAAAACUCUGUCAUGGCUUUUUAACUGUCGCGGCUGAGCAAUAAAAACUUGGAUAUUGCACAA